AUGGCUAAGCUUAUCACAGCUGUGGCAAUCUAUCUGUGGGGUUUUCAGGCCGUCUCAGCUGCCUGCACCAAUCCGACACAGCGAAAGCCAUGGAACGUUUUGAGCAUCGCUGAGAAGGCUGAGUACAUCAACUCAACACUUUGCCUGAUGGACCCAGCACAAGCACCAUCGAAAACACAAUAUGCUGGUUCCAGAACCCGCUGGGACGAGCUUCAGGUCGCCCAAAUAGCUCAGGUCCAGUUCAUUCAUGGCGUUGGUGCAUUCCUCCCGUGGCAUCGUUGGUUCAUGACGGUUCAUGAGAACCUACUUCGGCAAGAGUGUGGUUACAAAGGUCCAAUCCCUUACUGGAAUGAACAAGAAGACCAGGCUGCUGGACCUCUUACAGCUGCUAGUAUCUGGGGAACAGAUCCUGCGGCCUCCUUCGGAACCGGUCUUACGCACCAAGAUGGAUGUAUUGCCGACGGCCCGUUUACAGGUGUUCGAUACGAUGUAAACAUUCAGCUUGAACGGGGCGCUGAGAAAUGCCUGGCCUAUGACUUGAAACAAGCACAAUUCGAUCUUGUUUCUCAAGAAAUCGUCGACGCCUGUUACUCUCUUAACAGUUACGAGGACUUCAACAACUGUCUCGGUGGUACACCUCAUACCUCUGGACACUAUGCUAUUGGCGGUACCAUGGAUGAUGUCUCUCUCUCCCCUGCUGAUCCUCUGUUCUUUAUGCAUCACACCAAUCUGGACCGUCUUUGGUGGCAAUGGCAGAGCAAAGACGUUUCCCGCCUCACUGAUAUUGGUGGAAGGAAUGUUGCUGUUGGUGGUCUUCUCGUGCAGGCCCAGCCAAAGAGUUUGCCUGUAGAGGCGUUUGCACCGUUCUUUGAGGACGGUGGCAACGUAACGACUCUGGGUCACAUUAUGUGGAUGGCGGGCACUGCUGACAACAUUACUAUUGGGGAGGUCAUGGAUAUAAAUAGCGAUGCGAUUUGUGUUGAGUACCUAUAA